GUUCCAUCGACAGCCACCCAGCCCCACGAUGGUGACGGCGCUGCUGCUGCUUCCCGCGCUGGCUGGCCUCUUCGGAGCGGCUGAGGGACAGGCGUUCCACCUCGGGAGAUGCCCCACUCCUCCAGUGCAGGAGAAUUUUGACGUGACUAAGUAUCUUGGAAGAUGGUAUGAAAUUGAGAAGAUCCCCGUGAGCUUUGAGAAGGGAAAGUGUAUCCAAGCCAACUACUCGCUAAUGGAAAACGGAAAUGUCAAAGUGAUAAACAAGGAGUUGAGAUCUGAUGGAACCGUGAAUCAAAUUGAAGGUGAAGUGACCCAGGACAACCUCACGGAGCCCGCCAAGCUAGGAGUUAAGUUUUUCUGGUUGAUGCCUUCUGCUCCAUACUGGGUCCUGGCCACCGACUAUGAGAACUACGCCCUUGUGUACUCCUGUACCACAAUCAUCUGGCUUUUUCAUGUGGAUCAUGUUUGGAUCUUGGGAAGAAACCCUUCUCUCCCUCCAGAAACAGUGACCAAUCUAAAAGAUAUCCUGACCGCUAAUGACAUUGACAUUGAGAAAAUGACCGUCACAGAUCAGGUGAACUGCCCCAAGUCGCUGUAAUGAAGCUCUAAAGGGAGGGUGCAUUCACUCCAUAUUCCUUCUUUUGCUUGGC